GAGUGGCCAGUCGUGCACAGACCCAGCACUUCACGACUCAGGACUUCAACUCAACGCCGAACUUACUUUGCUUCUGUGGAUGGACGUUUGGAGCGUUCGCCUUUUCUGACGUGCACUUUUACGCAUGAGCCAACUAACCCCUGUACUAUUUUGUGUCUCAUUUGACCCACUUUGACUCCACCACUGCAUGCCCAGCAUCCCCUUCUUUCGUUUUUUCUCGCAUCUUGAAUUGUUUUAGUCAACUUUUCACGUUGCUCCCGGCGGAUUGAUGGUGAAGAUUAUGUGGAUUCUACUGCGCGUCCGUGCGCCCCAGACGUGCCCGAAGCAGCUGCAGCACCGGUGCCCCUGCUGAUCCUCAAGCCUCCCAGUCCCACCUCGCAUGUCCGCCCGCUCCCACCACUCAUCCAAAUGAUCCUUUCAUCACUCCUCAUCCUUCUCGCGUCGCUCCUGCAACAAAGUGUCCCGGAGGCUCAGUCAAGUCAUGUCAGCAAGUUCCACCUUCCAAGCGUCAAGGAGCAAAACGGAGUGCAGGAAUCCCAGCAGGAGAAGGUGAUAACAGUGUCCGGAGAGGGGGGGACGAUCCACAGCCCGGACUUCCCACACACGUACCCCAGGAAUAUCGAUUUGGUGUGGAGGCUGGUGGCGGCGAGCAACAUGAGGAUUCAGCUCAGCUUUGACCACAGGUUUGGGCUGGAAGACCCCGAGGACGGAAUAUGCAAGUAUGACUUUGUGGAGCUUGAGGAUCCGAGUGAUAAGACCCUCCUGGGCCGCUGGUGCGGCUCGCAGUCGCCACCCGUGGCUCACCUCACCAAAGGCAACCAGGUCCGCAUCCGCUUCAUCUCUGAUGAAUACUUCCCGUCCGAGCCGGGCUUCCUCAUCCGCUACUCCCUCCAGCCUGCGGUUUCACCGGAAGCAGAAGCUGCAGCCGUGCUGCCGCCUUCCCAGCAGGACAUCCAGGAGUUGUCUGCCGCCGUGUCGGGUCUGAGGACGGUGGAGGAGGUGAUGAAGUACCUGGAGCCGGAGCGCUGGCAGCUGGACAUGGAGGACUUGUACAAACCUACGUGGCACGUGCUCGGCAAGUCCUUCAUCCACACCAAGAAGGCCAGAGGAGGAGUUGACCUCAAUCUGCUGCGGGAGGAAGCUCAGCUGUACAGCUGCACCCCCAGAAACUUCUCUGUGUCCUUGCGUGAGGAGCUGAGAAGGACAGAUGUCAUCUUCUGGCCCAGCUGCCUCCUGGUGAGGCGCUGUGGUGGAAACUGUGCCUGUUGCUCGCAUCGCUGCUACGACUGCCAGUGUGUGCCCGCCAGGCUCACCAAGAAACACCACGAGGUUCUGCUGCUGAAGCACCGAAGCGGAGGCCGAGGCAUGCAGAAGUCCAUGACGGACGUGGCCUUGGAGCACCACGAGGAGUGCGCUUGCGUCUGCAAAGACGACGAGCGCCCGGCACACGUCGGACACGUCUAACCGCCGCCACUGGACUCCUUUUUAAGCUGUUGCCCUCACUCUAAUCGGGUAAAGAGGACGCAAGACUCCAAAUGAACUCCAAAGACAAACCGAGCUCCUCACAGAUAAGAAGCGUUUGCUCUUCUUCAGGUGCUUUUGGCCUCCGUGGGCUGAUCUUGGCACGGAAAACAGGAGCUUCUGUCUUUUAUUGUUGAUGUGGUUUGUUGUUGAUGUUUCCUUCCUGCUUGGCGGUUCCAUCGAAAAGAGAUGUGCUUUUUCCUGGGAGACGCCAUCGGCCUCGCUAAUGACACCAAUUGAUCGUGUGUAAAUAUUCAAUUUGCAUUUCUCUAAGGUGGCCAUUUUUUUCCCCACCAAAGACACGCUACAAUGCCUUGUUUCAACUAUUUAUUUACCUUUGCGGAUAAGAUGUUUGGCAGCAAAAGCAUUUCUACCUGUCAUGUCUUUGUACAGUCAGACAUUUUCAUUUUCUUCUUUCAUUUUGCCUUUUUCUUCAUGUCUUUUUCAUUCAUUUGCAUCACUUAUUUAUCUCUGAAUCCCUGCAGCAACUCUUGGUGUAUUCUACUCCACGCAAAUUCUGAAAUAAAGUCUUUUAUUUCUUAUCA